CUUUAUGGAGAUUCGUGCAAUCUUAUUGGCCAAAAUGCAUCGCCGCGAUUGCUCUGCGAGUGCUGAGCUGCGAUUACUCGUUUGUAGAACGCUUGCUCGUUUGUAGAACGCUUGCGACUCAAUCGGCAACAUGCAAGCUGCGGCCGCCGGUCGAUCGAGAAGCACAGGCUCGCGGCUCACCGUCGCCAACGCGCGCUUGAUCUGGUCCACGACCACGUCAGCUGACACUUGCGCGGCGCCAAGCUCGCGCUUCUUGAUGACGGCACUCUCGCUGAGCUCGUCGACGGCCGACGAGGCUUCUUCAGGUGUGCUGAAGGCCGCUCUCGAGGCGCGUCAUGUCCACAAGCAAGAACACCUGCGGUCUCUGCCGGAAGAAGCGGAAGCACGGGGCCCGUUGUUCCCAACGAAUGGCCGCCAGGAAGCGCAUGCAUACUGGACGGAGCACGCUACCACGUUGUCACGACCCGGUCCCCACCGCCUCCCGCCAAGCUCUGAUGGCAGUCACCGACGACAUUACCCCACACUGGAUGACAGCGAGGAAGCCAUCGAGUCCAAGCUCUAGUCGACGAAUGGCAGCGGCGCUUGAUAACUUUAGGACCAGUGCUAGCAGCCGAUCGGCAGCUACGAAGCUGUCGCGAACGAAGUCGCACCGCCUCACGCGCCGCGUAUGCGACUUGUAGGCGAGCUUACGGACGGCGGCGCUGACAACGCGCGGCCCAAGGCGAAGCGCAAGGAUCGACCGUGUCCCGUGUGCGUGUGCCCCAAUCGCAGCCUUCGCCAAAAGGGCUUCGAGGAGUGCCCACUCCACAAGUUCCACGAGGCCAACAAGCAUCGAUUCGAGAACGUCCCGCAGCUCCGGCGUCACCGCCCACGACAAGGCAAUCGCCGAGUGGAACGAGCUGCAGUCAAGCGCUGCGGCUCCAGCAUGACGACCUGCAUCGAGACAGUCAACGCAUACAUAUAGUAAAUACCAUUCAUAUCAAUAAAGUCAUUGAAGGUUGCA